AAAAGGAAAUAUUUUUCCAAACCCAAAAAAACUCAAACCUCGUAACCUGCUCAAAAUCCGAUCGCCGGAGCGCCGGAUAAUCGCCAGCGGCGUCAUGGCGGCGUUUAGAGUGUUCCUGCUGACUUUAUUUCUCUCUAUAAUACUCGCGCACGUCGGAGCUGAAGCUGAUGCCUCAGUCUCAGAUGCCGUCGAGGAAGUCAAACUCGCCGGAUCGGACGGUCCAGAUUCUGCCGUCCUUGAGCAACUUAAGUCCACGAUCCACAGUCUCGAAUCCCAGAUUGAGGAGAAAAUUCGAGCACUAAAAGAAAAGGAACAGGCGGUUGCAGCUAAAGAAAAGAUAAUCAAGGAAAAAUCAGAUACUGUUGCAUCAUUGAAAAGUGAAAUUGCCUCGUUACAUAAAAAAGGCAAACUGGAUGCUGCAGAAGAAGUGGGAAAGGCACAUGCAAGAGCUGAAGAGCUGGAAAAGCAGGUGGAGAAACUCACAAACGAUCUUCAUCUUAAAAUAAGUGAGAAAGAUGUGUUGGUAUAUCGGUUGACUGAAGCAGAGAAAAAGGUUCCCGAGUUGAAUGCUAAACUUGCAAGUCUUCAGAAGAUCAUCGAUGACCAGAAAGCUAAGAUACGUAAAACUCAACGAGCUCUUGAGAUUGCUGAGGAAGAAUUGAUGAAGGAAAAAUUUGAAGCAACUUCCAGAACCAAGGAGUUGAUGCAGGCUCAUGGUGCUUGGCUUCCCCCUUGGCUUGCAGUUCAUCUUAAUAAUUAUCAGGCACUUCUAGAGGAGAACUGGAAAGUGCAUGGAAAGCCUGCUCUGGAGUUGUUGAUAAAGAAGGCUACUGAAAAGAAGGCCCAAGCUGAAGAAUGGGUCGCACCACAUGUUGAAACAGUCAAAACUAAAUUGGUACCAUCCAUCAAGGAAAAGUGGGUGGUUAUAGCCACAAAUAUUGAACCCCAUGUGCACACACUAACAACAAAAACUGUGGAGAUAUAUGAAGCGUCUAAGGAAGCUGUGACUCCACACAUUGUUAAAGUUCAGGAACUUGCGAAUCCUUACUACCAGGAAUUGAGGAAAGUAAGCAAACCAUAUAUUGACAGUGUAGCCACUGCUGCAAGACCUCAUGUUGACAAAUUACAGACCAAUCUGAAGCCAUACACACAGGAGGCAGUUAAAGCUUACCGAAAGUUCCUUGAGUCAGCAACUGUAUAUCAUGGUCAGGUUCAAGACAUAGUUAAGGACAAACUCAAGAGUCACGAGUUUACAAAACCUCUUGCUACGAAAGAGCUGGUUUGGUUUUCUGCUUCCGCAUUGCUAGCUUUGCCUAUCAUCUUACUGUUGAAAAUCUUUUCAGCUUUAUUUGGUAAAAAGGGGAAGAAGCACACCCGACAGGGCAAUACACACAAUGCUCGUCGCAAAGGAAAACGUGUACAUUCAGACAAGUAAAACCUGCUAAUGUAUUCCAAUGUGAUUACACAAGAUAGUCUGCUCCCGAGUGUAUGGAAGUGCUACAAUUUUCAUUUCUGUUUGCUAUCGUGGGCAGAUACUAUGUAUGGUCCCUCGAUGGCGUUGGAGCGAUCGGAGUUCCAUUUGUUCAUUAAGUACACUUUUGAUCUUGGAAGUUUUUGCAAAUUUUCAGUCUCGUGUAGAAUAGAGAAUCUGGGUAAGGAUAUAUCUAGAUCUCAGGAUAUUUUACAUGGUAGUUUCAAAAAUUGUAGUAGUUGGGGUUUGUGUAUCAUGGCGUUUGAUAUUUAUAUCGUCCAGGUCCUUUUUUAAUCACUCUUUUUGGAUGUAAAACUGUUUCAACUCUGCUUAAUAUGUUCAUUUAUGUAAUUUAAUAGUAAUUUAAUUGGAUUUUCUCUUUUGUCCUUA